CGCUGAAACGCGAGGGGAGGGCCCGGGAGGCUGGCUGGCUGCUCGCUCCUUCUUGGCCGAGGGGAGCUUGGACCAAUCGAGCCGUUUGCGCCAGUCUUCAGCCCUAACAAGCCACGCUUCUUCUAUGCACAAUAGACUACGUGUGAGUCGACGACGUUCGAACGGUCCAUGUGGAGAGUCCCGCAACCACAAAUGUUAAGAUGUUAAGAUCCCAUCAUGCUGCACCGCACGCUCUCUGCAUCAUCUACUUCAGCAGCACUCCCGUUUGCUUGGACAUCUCAACAUCCCUCCACCCUCACAUCUGCACUCACGCCCAACCUGUUUGCGGGAUACAGUAUUUCACGCGCUCAGUUAUAGCUCCUCGCCUGCGCCGCCGCAUCCGCAUCCCUCGCCGCGACGUUAUCGCGCGCCGUCUGCGCCAGCGUCCCGGCUUGCGACUGUCCCCUCUGAGCGUCCAGUUGCCUACCAAGCUUGCCCUUGCCUCCCGCCGCGGCUUUGGCUCGUUCCUGCCGACCAGUAGUGUCAGCGAGGCUUAUUCAUCUCAGCCGCAGCCGUAUGAGUGUCAUAUGGGCGAUGAGCCGCUUGAUGCUGGGCUACAGCUCACAGCCAGACCGUCGCGACCAUUCUGCCACCGCGUGGGCGUGGGUGUGCGCUUGCUUGCUUUCCGUCCACCGUGAUGCUUGUGGAAGUUGAUGAUGAUGAGAGACUACGCACCUCUGCCGCCUUUGCAGCAGCCUCCUUGGGGCUGCGCGAGUCUUCGGGCGCUUGCGGGUUCUUGCCCAAUGUUCGUCCGCCUUGU